GAUAACCUGUACUGACAAGGUACAUGAACGUGUGUACCACUGAUAUAUUUCCUAUCAUAAAACGGAUUUCCAAAAACAAUGGGGGCAGCUGAAUCAAAGGAUGACGUGGUCGAAGAGAUUCUCAAUAAAGACUCGUUGACAACCGCCGAAGACAAAGAACUGACAAAGUACGAAUUUCCGUUCGAAAAUCUGAUCUUAGAAGGAGGUGGUGUUAAAGGAGUGGCCUAUGCUGGAGUGAUAAAGAUUUUGACCGAUGUCGGAAUCUACCAAAACAUAAAACGCUUUGGUGGUGGUAGUAUCGGGUCUAUGUUUGCCUGCAUGUUAGUGGUAGGCUACCCACCAAACGAGGUCAUGCUGAUGAUGGACCGUGAGCUCAAGGAUAUUGCUGAAGACCACUCAUGUGGAAUAUUCAGUUUCCUGCCUAAUCUAAUUACAAAAUACGGGUGGAAUCCUGGAUCCAAAUUGUAUAAAUGGUUUGGCAAAAAACUUGAAGACAAGACUGGGAAUAAAGAUAUCACAUUUAAAGAGCUGUACAAUUAUACUGGCAAAGAGCUUUGUAUAACUGUGACCAACGUCAGUCGUCGAACUACUGAGUACUGUCACAUGAAGACUACACCCAAUAUGGCGGUACGAAUGGCUGUUAGAAUGUCCAUGUCUAUUCCUGGGUUCUACGAAGCUGUUCAAUAUAAAAAUGGUGAAAAUGUUGACGUCUAUGUUGAUAGCUUCGUGUUGCUGAAUUACCCAUUGCACUGCUUUGAUGGUUGGUGGCUGUCUACAAAACCCGAAGACAGUUUUCUAAUUAAACUGCAACCCUUGAAUCAAAUGAGCAAGCUGUGGUCAAGCAGAUUUGGUGAAUUCAACAACAAAACUUUGGGAGUAAUAAUGCAAUCGGACACGGAACGUAAAUUAUAUGAGGAUUUUGUUUUCCGAGAUGGAGAAGCUGAUGCCCAGCCGGUUGAAAGACCAGAUACUCCACUUGCUAGAGGUAGUGCAGAAGUAGAGCAAAAGAAAAAGGCAUUGGACGAGUAUCAUGACAAGUUGUUUGCAGCAUUCUCUGAGUUUUUGAAAGUUCUGUCUGAUAGUAAUCUGGACAAAAACUCCGUUAUUGACAGAAACGAGUUAAGCAAGGCAUUAGAAAUGACUGACCAAUCAACAUUCACAACAGAACAUGCAAGGACACUGUUUGGUGAGCAGUACGACUUGAGCACAAUUUUUGAUCUUCUUGAUGCCAAUGGCGAUGGAAAGAUAAAUUACUACGAGCUGAUUACAUUUGCUCAGAAGAGGGGAAUUGAUGUACAGAGUCGUUUUACUGGUUACGAUCGAACAGAGAUAACCGGCAUCGGAGGGUUUUUAGGAUCAAUGAUGGAGUCUAUGACAAUGAACUUACAACGGAUUGGCUUUACUGCAAAUGAUGUCGAUCGUACUAUUGGUGUUGAUGUCGGUUAUAUUGGCAGUUUGGAUAUGGAUUUGACUCCUGAAGAUAAUCUAUAUGCAGUUAAGCAAGGUAUGGUAGGAACACUCCGAUAUUUGAGAUACUACGUGAAAAAAUUUAACCCACCUGUAAAAUAA